AUGGCCGAGGAAACGAUAUCUCCAAUUAUAACAAACCUUGCCGGUGUAAAACACAUUAUAAUUGUAUUAUCUGGUAAAGGAGGUGUUGGCAAAAGUUCAAUUACGACACAGCUGGCUCUAUGUUUGGUGAAUAAGGGAAAUAAAGUAGGCGUGUUAGAUAUAGACCUAACAGGACCUAGUAUACCUCGUAUGUUAGGAGUGGCUGAGAAGCAGGUUCACCAAGCUUCUACCGGGUGGAUACCAGUAUACGUGGACGAAAAUCAACAGUUUUGUUGCAUGUCCAUUGGAUUUUUGUUACAAAGGAAGGAUGAUUCGGUUGUUUGGCGAGGCCCAAAGAAAAACUCAAUGAUACGGCAAUUUCUUACAGAUGUUUGUUGGGGGGAACUAGAUUAUUUGAUUGUUGACACACCUCCAGGCACUUCGGAUGAGCAUAUUUCUAUAGUUGAAUCGUUAAAAGGCGUGAAACCAGGCGGGGCAAUAAUUGUUACUACCCCACAAGCGGUAGCUUUAGCGGAUGUGAGGAAAGAAUUGAACUUUUGUAAAAAAGUAGAUCUGCCUAUUCUUGGUGUAAUAGAGAAUAUGAGUGGUUUUGUGUGUCCACAUUGUGCGGAAUGUACAAAUUUAUUCUCAACCGGCGGUGGCGAAGCUAUGGCACGAGAAUUUGAAGUAGAUUUUUUGGGUCGUGUUCCAAUCGAUCCAAGCUUUAUAUUAAUGCUCGAACAAUCAUCGAUACCAGAGUCUAACGAUCUUAAAAACACACUACUGGCCAAAUACUCGAGAUCGAAUCUAUUUACAGCUUUUUCACAAAUUACCGAUAAUGUGGUAGCCAAAAUAUCGUGA